AUGGUCCAAACCACCAACCGGAGAAACCAAAAACGAACGCUGCCAAAACCAAUCAUGUACUACAACUCUUACAUGAAGGGGACUGACCGCUUGGACCAAAUGAUUAGGCUGUCCCUGUAUGACUUCCGAGUUCGUGUACUUGAAGACCUGCUCCCUCCAAAGGAAGCCCCACUGCUCAUCACACCGACUCGCAACAGCAUGCAUCGUCUCUCCAAAUCAAUGAAGCGCAAAGGAAACGGCAAGAAUGUCUUCACUGCUGCAGACUUUGCACCAUCAUCUGAAGAGACAUUCGACAUGGAAACCCUACUGCAAGCAAGAAAGAGAAAGCCGACACAGCCUCAAAUGGUACACAACUUUGAACACUCAGAGGAGGACGUCGAUGAUCCUGAAGAGAUUAUCCAAAGUCUAAGUGAGGAUAACCCGCCCGAGACCGAAGCCCACCUACAACCCAUCACAUCCACCUUAUUUCGACCGUCCACUGAAGACCUAGACCUUGCAGGUCCAUCCGGUGAAUGUGGAAAAACAACAACAUUCGACAACUGCUGUGUCACCAAAGGAUAUAUGAAAGUAGGGGCUCAUAUUACCACCUUUACCUCUACUAAUGUCACAUCUACAUCUAGUACUGAAACUAGACCAAUAAUUGCCUCAGUCCCAGGAAAUGAGAUUGAAGAGGAAGUUACAGCUCAAGAUAACGCUGAAGAAAGUAUUGAUGAAGAAGUAACAUGCCUAGGGCUAGGGCAUCAACAAGAAAAUUGUGCCAAACCUCCAACAAGUCCUACGUCAAGCAGUGAACUGAUCGGCGUAAAUGAUCAAGUGGAAUGUAGCCGGACGAAUAAAAUUAAUGAAACUUGUUUAAACACCGGAGAACCCCAUUUUCCAGACCAGAUCAUCGAUCCAGAGGUGAAAAAACGAAUUAUUGAAUUAGGACUAGGACCCUAUCAACCAGUUGGCCCAUUUCCAUAUGAUGGAAAACAAGGUAGGUCCUUUUCAGACAAUUAUUUUACCCUGAAGUCAAAGUCUGGGCUCAAACUGAAAAGAACUUGGUUGUGCUAUUCGUCCAAAUUGGAUUGUGUUUAUUGCCAACCUUGCUGGUUGUUUCCCCAGAAAGGACCUGUAGGAGGAUGGGAUUCAGGAUUAAGGGACUGGAAACAUUUGUCUGAUCGCAUAAAGACACAUGAGAAUUCACAGCACCAUGCUGAUUCCUGCUUGGUUUAUGAGCAAUGGCGACGUCAUGGCUCAAUAGACGAUGCACUAGAAAAAGGUUUGAAGGAGGAGCGGAAUUUUUGGAGGAAAGUUUUGAAGAGGGUCUUAGAUGUCUCCCUUAUGUUGGCAACAUGCAACCUUCCUUUUCGUGGAGACAGUUGGCAUAUCACUGAUAGAAAUAAAGGUAAUUUUCUAUCAUUGAUUGAAUUGCUGUCAAAAUAUGACACUAUCCUAGAAGAUCUAAUUACAAGGCCAAGUGGUACUGUUAAUUAUCUCAGUCCAACAAUUCAGAAUGAAAUUAUUUCUCUGAUGGCUAGUGAAGUGCUUAGUGGAAUUAAAGAAGAGCUUUUGAGUGCGCCUUUUUUCUCCAUAAUUUACGACACAACACAAGAUGUAAGUAAAGUAGAUCAGCUAAGCGAAGUUUUUCGCUAUGUAAAGAUUGACCAUGACCAACUCGGAAAACCUUGUGAGUUGAGAAUUUGUGAAACGUUUACAUCUUUCACAGCAGUUACUGACCAAACCGCUUCGGGGCUAGAAGACGUCAUCAUAAAAUCAAUUUUAGAAAAAGGCCUUGACAUAACAAAAUGCAGAGGACAAGGAUACGAUGGUGCAUCGGUCAUGAGUGCAUUGUUCGGUGGCAAGAACUAA